UCGUGUAAACAAAGCGGUAUUAGUAGUUAAGUGGUCAUACUAAUGGUACUGUGCAGACUCUGCCUCAGUCACGGACUCGCUUUCUUGUGAGUGAGAAGUUUGCUCAUCCGCUGUCACGCUCUCCGUUUCGUAAUUGACCUACUUGACUUGCCAGAGGAAAAAAACAAGCGUGGUAAACUGCAAUAGCGCAAUUAUUCUAAACGGAUUUAGCCCAGUGUGAACUAUAAUAUCCGCAUAGGUAGCAGAGACUCACCUGGAGCAGCGGUGAGCCAGGUCAAUCGCUGAAGCUAUGGAGCUCGGCUCGGUGUCCACGGGGCUUCGGUCCAUGUUUGUCAUGCUCACACCGAACGAAUCAUCUUUUCAGAAAGUGGAAGAUGUUCCUCCCUAUGUGCAGCAGGCCACUCCUUUCUUUAUAGGACUGAUGUUGCUGGAGUUGGUGGUGGGCACGCUGAAGGCAGGACCCCCACUGGGCACCAUCAGGGAUGGACUCACCUCCUUAUUUGCUGGAAUGGUCUCCAGACUCCCAAUGUUGUUCAUGAGAGGCUGCGAGCUGACCGCUUACAUGUACGUGUGGGACCAGUACCGCCUGGUGGAGCUGCCCUGGGACUCCCCCUGGACCUGGUGGUUGACCUUCCUGGGUGUGGACUUCUGCUACUACUGGGUCCACCGCUUCGCUCACGAGGUGGCCUUCUUAUGGGCUUCUCAUCAGGUUCACCACAGUUCAGAGUUCUACAACCUCACCACCGCCCUCAGGCAGUCCCUCACCCAGCAGUUCACAUCAUGGAUUUUCUACAUGCCCAUGGCUCUGUUUUUACCCCCGUCGCUGUUCGCCGUUCACAUACAGUUGAACCUUCUCUACCAGUUCUGGAUCCACACGGAGCUGAUCAGAGACCUUGGGCCUCUGGAGUGGAUCUUCAACACCCCAAAACAUCACAGAGUUCAUCACGGGAGGAACCUCUACUGCAUUGACAAGAAUUACGGAGGAAUUCUGAUCAUAUGGGAUCGAUUAUUCGGUACCUUUGCUCCAGAGGCAGACAAAGUGGUCUACGGCCUGGUCUUCCCCAUCAAAACUUUUGAAACCCUCAGGGUUCAGUUGCACUACUAUUUGUAUUUGAAGAAAAAGUCCAACACCUUUAAGACGAUCAGCAACAAAGUGUUAACUUUCCUCAACGGUCCAAGUUGGAGACUCGGUACAGGUCGGCUAGGCGACCACAGCAAGAAUCCCAAGAUUACCGGAAAGGAAGUUCCUUAUAAUCCCAGCUGGUCGCAUCAUUUGCAAGUUUAUGUGGUCAUACAUUUCCUGCUCCUGGUGGGGAUUUACGAAGAGUUGUUUCAAAACAAGAUGAUCCUGUCCCAGUUAACCAUUCUGGGGAUGGCCUGCUACGUUCUGCUCACUCUCACCGCCCUGGGCUACAUCAUGGAUCAGAGGCCAAAGGCGGCUGUCUUGGAGAUGCUACGCUGCGUCGUCAUGGUGAUACUGCAGAGAUACGGCUACAUGAAGCCCCUCCUGCCUUCGCUGGCUGUGCCCACAGAGGCCUUUGUCUCCCUCUCUCUGCUGUACUGGGCUCUGCAGACCGUCUCUCCACUGCUCAGCAUCAAGAAGAAGGCCGACUGAGUCAACGCCAGACGACACACACUGAAUUUUAGCUUUUGAAGUUAUGAUUAUUAAUAGAAUAACUUUUAACACUGCACGUUUAGACUGGUUAAAGUCUGUUUAUACGUAAAGCUUAAUUAUGUAAAUUUGAGAAAAUAAGAUGUUCCACAUGGUGUUCAUGAAAUGAUGCAUUUCUUCUGAUGAAUUGCUCUUUUUGAAUGACUUUUGCACUGCACUGCCUAAUUAAUCCAAAAUUUUUAAUAUUUCACCUGAGCCUCUUUUGCCUUCACUAUGCAACAUAUACCUCUUAGAAAACAAAUGCUGCUCGUACAUAUGCUUGUUAAUUUUAUCUUUGGCUUGCACAACAAUGUACAGUAUGUUCACGUUGCAAUAAAACAUCUGUAAUUUUG